GAGUCACAAUGGAAAUCUUGUCAAGCACAGGCACUGACUGCCAGCAUUGGAAACUAGUCCAGGCCCUGAAGGAUGGGAACUAGCAGGGAACCAUCUAGAAGCCAUGGGAAUGAGUAAGAUCUUGGAAGAAGAAAGCAGAGAGAGAUCAAACAUCCAGGGUUAAAACUUGGAGAAAUCGCACAGUAUAUCAUCUAAAAGAGGAGUCCAUGAUGGAGGCAGAGGUAAAUUUGGAGAGCAGCCUUGAGGAAGACAGGGAGAACAUUGCAGGACAGCAGCAGCUAAAGGCAGGAGGGGUUUGGGGCUGAGGCUCGUAGCUGCCCUGGAUGGAACCUUAGCUGCCCUGGAUGGAACCUUUCUCGUAACUUGAAAGGAUGCCACCCAAGCGUAUAGCUAAGAGAAGGUCACCUCCAGAGGAUGCUCUCCCCAAAAGCAAGAAAGUGAAGGACCCUCGUAACCAGGCAGUGAGGGCUGGUGCCUCCCGUCGUGUUCCAGGUGCCCACGGGCCGAGCCCUCCUGACCAGAAAACCCGACCAGUCUCACAUAGGUCCCACAGCACAGAACCAGGCAUGGUGCUGACACUGGGCCAGGGCGAUGUGGGCCAGCUGGGGCUGGGCGAGAAUGUGAUGGAAAGGAAGAAGCCAGCCCUGGUGCCCAUUCCGGAGGACAUUGUGCAGGCUGAGGCUGGGGGCAUGCAUACCGUGUGUCUAAGCAAAAGCGGCCAGGUCUACUCCUUCGGCUGCAAUGAUGAGGGUGCCCUGGGAAGGGACACAUCAGUAGAGGGCUCAGAGAUGGUUCCCGGGAAAGUGGAACUACAAGAGAAAGUGGUACAGGUGUCGGCAGGAGACAGUCACACAGCAGCCCUCACUGAGGAUGGCCGAGUUUUCCUCUGGGGCUCCUUCCGGGACAAUAAUGGUGUGAUUGGACUCUUGGAGCCCAUGAAGAAGAGCAUGGUACCUGUGCAAGUGCAGCUGACAAUGCCUGUAGUGAAGGUGGCCUCAGGAAAUGACCACUUGGUGAUGCUGACAGCUGAUGGUGACCUCUACACUUUGGGCUGCGGGGAGCAGGGCCAGCUGGGCCGUGUGCCUGAAUUAUUUGCCAACCGUGGUGGCCGGCAGGGCCUUGAACGACUCUUGGUCCCCAAGUGUGUGAUGCUGAAAUCCAGAGGAAGCCGGGGUCACGUGAGAUUCCAGGAUGCCUUCUGUGGUGCCUACUUCACUUUUGCCAUCUCCUGCGAGGGUCAUGUAUAUGGAUUUGGCCUCUCCAACUAUCAUCAGCUUGGAACCCCAGGCACAGAAUCUUGCUUUGUACCCCAAAACUUGACAUCCUUCAAGAACUCUACCAAGUCCUGGGUGGGCUUCUCUGGUGGCCAGCAUCAUACAGUCUGCAUGGAUUCAGAAGGAAAAGCAUACAGCCUGGGUCGUGCUGAGUAUGGGCGGCUGGGCCUUGGGGAGGGUGCUGAGGAGAAGAGCAUACCCACCCUCAUCUCCAGGCUCCCUGCUGUUUCCUCAGUAGCUUGUGGGGCCUCCGUAGGGUAUGCCGUGACCAAGGAUGGUCGUGUUUUUGCCUGGGGCAUGGGCACCAACUACCAGCUGGGCACGGGGCAGGAAGAGGAUGCCUGGAGCCCUGUGGAGAUGACAGGCAAACAGCUGGAGAACCGUGUGGUCUUAUCUGUGUCCAGUGGUGGCCAGCACACAGUCUUACUAGUCAAGGACAAGGAACAGAGCUGAUGAAGCCUCUGCGGGCCUGGCUCCCGCCACCCACCCCCCCUCCUGGAACUGGGAAGCUAUGACUAUAGAUUCCAGCAGGCCUCCCCCAGCCCUGAGUACUCUGUCAUCUGCCUUUUUCCUAUCAGCAGAAAGAAUCCUUUCCCUCUUUUCUGUCCUCCUUUCGUGAGUCAUCCUACAGUCUACAGGAUGAAGGGGGAGGGGGGAAAUGAAAAAGGGGAGGGGGUUUUGGCACCUGGAACAUUGCUCGCCCCAGAGUUAUGUGGUUAGACCUUUCCCCCUCGUCCCUACCUCCCAUGGUCCUGGCUGGCCCUGGUUUUGCCUGCCAAAAACCAAAAAUUCCUCCCCUGGGGAUUUGGUGCCCACAUUCUGAGAGGUUGGGGGCUCAUCAAGCCCUACUGUAGCCAUGUGCCACCCUCUGUCCUUCACAAUCCACAGGCAGACAAAUGGUAUGGUGGUCAGACCCAGCUGUCAUGGACUUAUGCCUGGGGGAAACUGGAGACCGGGCAGGGCUGCCCAGCCAUGGGCAACUCCAAGCCAAAUAUUUGGCCCUCAACAGAUGUCCACGGGGAAGAAAAAACAGUGAUCCUUCACUUGGUCAAGAAAAAAGCCAAUCAGCCUUUCUCCCAGAAGCACAAAACAUUCUGCCCUUCAGGCAUUGCCUGAGAAUUCUGCCCAUCCAACAUGCCUUACCUGCAGCCAAGGGCCUGAAAUCUGGAAAGGAAGCUACAUCUGCAGGGCAGGACAUGGGGGGAGUGGGGAAGGAGGGUUUUAUAAACAAAUUUAAAGCAAUACUGAGAGUGAAGGGAGGGAGGGGAAAGGGGGCAGAGGCUUGUGCCCAGAAAGGGAAGCAGCAGCUUGUACAGUGGCUGAGGAAAUAGAAAACAGUUUUGAUUUUUUUUUAAUGUAAAGUAUUUUGGAGGGGAGAGUGAACUCUUUUAACACUUUGAAUAAAUUUAGAGUUUUAUAAAACAGGCCACUUGUUUUCUACAUACUCCCUGCUUUUUUUAAGGGAGCACCUGUGUUGGGAAGAGCAGAAUAAACCCAUACCUAAGCACCUGGUCAAGGCUAGGACUUAAGUGACAUGUCCUAGAAUAUGCCAGUCAGCUGUUGGUGUGGCUGUUUCAUACAAAUCAAAAAAGAAAAAGAGGUGAUUGAUUUUUGCUUAGGUAUUUAUGUUUCAGGAAUCACUGGAUUUUUUAAAAAUUAUGCUGCAUAAUGUAAGAGACAUGGAAUGGAUCUUUUAAUAUCCUAAUCCCAAACCAAGAUUUGAGUACAGUGCAUACCUAUAGAUACUUAUGCUAAAGCUUGCUGUUGUAUCAUUUUUAACAGCUGAUGUCAUUGAUUAAACGAUUAACUGCACAAUAACUCUUAAGACAACUUGUAUGUAUUAAUGUAGAUUUUCCCAGGCAUUUAAGCAACCAAAUCAUACGGCCGACCUAAUAUGGUAGUCACUAGCUACACGUGGCUAUUUACAUUUAAAUCAAAAGUUGUAAAAAUUUAAAAUUCCUUGGUUGCACUAGCCACAUUUCAAGUCCUCAGUAGUCCUAUAUGGCUAGUAUUGGGCUAUGCAAACAAAGAACAUUUUUAUAAUGAACAAUGCUGAUAUAGAAGGUCUGUUAUAUGUAUAACAGGAAAUUUUUAUUAUUGCCAGAAGGAUUCUUUUUGGAUGUUAGUAACUUGAAAAAUGAAUACGAUGUAAAAUAAAAUGUAUUCUGUGAUUUUUUUCCCCCUUGAAGUUUUAGGGCUUUUUUUUUUUUUUUUUUUUUUUUUUUUUUUAAUGUUUAGAGAGAGCACAUGUGCACACACGAGUGGAGCCGGGGCAGAAAGAAUCCCAAGCAGGCUCUGCAUUAUCAGCACAGAGCCUGAGGCAGGGCUCAAUCCCACAAACCACGAGAUGGUGACCUGAGCCCAAAUCAAGAAUCGGACACUUAACCAACUGAGCCACCCAGGCACCCCUGAAGUUUUAGUUGUUGGGUUUUUUUUAAUACAUUUUUUUAAUGUUUACUUAUUUUUGAGAGAGAGACAGUGCAAGUGGAGGAGGGGCAGAGAGAGAGGGGGACACAGAGUAUGAAGCAGGCUCCAGACUCUGAGCUGUCAGCACAAAGCCUGACAUGCGGGGCUCAAACCCACAGACGGUGAGAUCAUAACCUGAGCUGAAGUUGGACACUUAACCAAUUGAGCCACCCAGGCACCCUGAAGUUUUAGUUUUGAUACAGGCACUAUACUGCUUAGAAACUGACUUCUUAGAAGGGAAAUCACACUUUUGAUUAUAAUAUUUUCUUUGUAAAGAAGCACUUGUAUGUCUGCUACUCUUCCCUACAAAAGUCCAUUUGGACUAGAUUUACUGGAGUUUUCCUUCUUGACAGCAUGAUGAAAAUUCCCUCUUCUUAAUAGCAGCUGUUCUGUAUUGGGGCUUAAAAUGGGCCAGGCAUUGUGCUAAACUCUACAUGCAAUAAUAGCUCUUCUGAUCCUUACAUCAGUCCUGCAAAGUCAGCAUUGUCUUUUGGGAAACAGUCCAUAGAGUUGACGUUUAAGGUCAAGAAGCUGCCUACCAGGGGUCCCUGGGUGGCUCAGUCGGUUAAGUGUCUGACUUUGGCUCAGAGCUCAUAAAUCAACCCCCGCAUCCAGCCCUGUGGUGACAGCUCAGAGGUUGGAGCCUACUUCAGGAUCUGUGUCUCUCCCCGACCCUCCAUCCCCCUCUCAAAAAAUGAAUAAACAAAAAAAGCUACUUACCAAGGGCACAAACUAGGCUGGAAUCAGAAUCAGCCUCAGGGGCGCCUGUGUGGCUCGGUUGGUUGAGCCGCCAACUUCGCUCAGGUCAUGAUCUCACCAUUCGUGAGUUAGAGCCCCGCGCCAGGCUCUGUGCUGACAGCUCAGAGCCUGGAGCCUGCAUUGGAUUCUGUUUGUCCCUCUCUGCCCUCCCCUGCUCACGCCUGUCUCUCACUCUCUC